UGUCGCCCUCCUCGUGCGGAGCCGCUCCGGCCGCUGCUCUCGCUGCUCCGCCCCGGAAGUGGCGUCACUCUCGAUGCCCAGCCCCGGAAGUUCCCCUGCUCUCGCUGCCCCGCCCCGGAAGUGGCCGCUCCGGCCGCUCCUCUGUUGUUUGUUCCUCCCCGCCGUCACGUGACCGAAACCCGCCCGGCUCACGUGAUCGGAACCGCGCGUGACGUCACUGUUUGCGGAAGUGCCCGGGCGGAGCCGGGUGUCCCUGUCCCCAUGGAGCUGCUGUUUGGGCGCAGGAGGACGCCGGAGGAGCUGCUGAGGCAGAACCAGCGCGCUCUGGCCCUGGCCUCUCACUGUCCCCUCACUGUCCCCAAUGUCCUCAAUGUCCCCAAUGUCCCCAAUGUCCCCAGGUGUCCCUGUCCCCAUGGAGCUGCUGUUUGGGCGCAGGAGGACGCCGGAGGAGCUGCUGAGGCAGAACCAGCGCGCUCUGGCCCGCGCCGUGCGGGAGCUGGACCGAGAGCGGCAGAAGCUGGAGGCGCAGGAGAAGAAAAUCAUCGUGGACAUCAAGAAGAUGGCCAAGCAGGGCCAGAUGGACGCAGUGCGGGUGAUGGCCAAGGACCUGGUGCGGACGCGGCGCUACGUGCGCAAGUUCAUCGCCAUGCGAGCCAACGUGCAGGGGGUGGCGCUGCGGGUGCAGACCCUGAAAUCCAACAGCGCCAUGGCCAGCGCCAUGCGCGGGGUGACACGGGCCAUGGCCACCAUGAACCGGCAGCUGAAGCUGCCCCAGAUCCAGCGGAUCCUGCUGGAGUUCCAGAAGCAAUCCGAGCUCAUGGACAUGAAGGAGGAGCUGAUGAACGACGCCAUCGACGACGCCCUCGGGGACGAGGAUGACGAGGAUGAGAGUGACGCCGUGGUGUCGCAGGUCCUGGACGAGCUGGGGCUGAACCUGACGGACGAACUGGCCACGCUGCCCCCCCCGGGGGGGUCCCUGGCGGCGGGGGAGGGGCGCGGGGGGGCCGAGGCCGCCUCGGCCGCUUUGGCCGACGCCGACGCCGACCUGGAGGAGCGGCUCAAGAACCUGCGCCGGGACUGAGAGCACCCCUUGUUCGGGAUUUCACCCCUUCCUUUGGGAUUUCACCCCUUUUUUGGGAUUUCCCCCUUUUUUUGGGAUUACCCCCUUUUUUUUGGGAAUUUUCCCCCUUUUUUUGGGAUUUUUCCCCCUUUUUUUUGGGAUUUUUCUGCUUUUUUUGGGGAUUUUUUUCUCAUUUUUUGGGGGGAUUUUCACCUUUUAUUUAGGAUUUUUCCAUCCUUGUUUUGGGAUUUUUCCCCUUUUUUGGCAGAUUUCCCCCUUUUUUGGGAUUUUCCCCCCUUUUCUGGGAUUUC